GCUUUGUCCUUUUGCAGUUAUACCCCUAUACGGCUCUGGAAAUGCUGCAUACACAUUCUGAACUUAAGAAUGUUGUAUGUACAAUCUGUAGCCUAUUUUAUAUGCUUUUAUUUAUUUUUGUGGGUUUUUUUUCUUAUUUUAAAGAACUUUCAUAAUUGCAGAGAAUUUGCAAAAUAAAACUGCUCAAAAAAUGACACAAAAUGAUGUGAAGUCUGGAAUGUAGUUUGUAUUUUAAAAAAGCAAGUCUAGGUUCAAAACUGGAAAUGAUGUGGUAAAACUAAAACAACUCAUCACGAUACUUAGGAGUGGUUGAAUAUGGCUUCUCUUAAUAAUAUUUCUGUAGCAUGGCAUGGAAUGGCAGUUUUCUAAAGACAGACAUUUACUCAUGCAAUUGAGCUUACUGUGCUGUAUAUACUACUUAUAAGUAGCAGAUUAUAAGAUAUACACUAUAAGCACACAUUUGAUGAUUGAGUGCUCUGUAAAGUUUUAAGUCACCUCCAAUAGAUUUAUCUACCUUUUCCCUCUAAUGCAGUUCAGCUAAAGAGCUAAUGUGAGUUUCAGAGAAAUGCAAAUUCAUAGCACUAGUAGUGUGCAGUAGGAGUUCCAGCCGUCUAUCAGGAGUGAUCAGACUUAGUUUGUGAAGAAAUAGGACUGAUGUGCUGUCACACUAUAGAAAUUGUUGGGAAAGUAAGAGUGAAUUAGUUUAGUCCAUCUAGAAUUAUAGAAUCUGCUUAUCUGUUGUUCUUUUAUUUUAUAUAUUUUGCUACGUAAGUAUUGCUAAAAGGAAUGUAUUUUAGAGUGCUUUAAAAUCCAAAUAUCAAGUACUUUAAAUAAUUAAGAUCUAAGACAUAGUCCGUCAUGCCUUAGAAUUCCAUACAUGGAUUUGGAAGUGUUCUCUUGGUUCUAUUACUUCUUAAAUGUUUUGCUGGUUCACUUGAAUUACUUAUGCAUGCCAACUACUUUGUUUUUUACCUCAGUAAUGUUUUCCCUAAUUGUGACCUAUAGGAAUCCAAUGUUUUUAUUCCAGUGCAAGGAAGCCAAUCAUCCAGCUAUCAAAGGAGGUUUGAAUAUAGGGUAUUACACUGUAAUUCAGAACUAUGCUGAAAGGCACUUGUACAUGAAAUAAUGAUAUGGAAUAAAAUUGCUUAAACCAUAUUUGAAACAGUAACAUGAAGAAAAUUGAUUUGUGAAUAUAUAUGCCUCAAAACUAAAACCCAACUAAUCCUGUCAGUAACUUGUUUUCUUAAGAAAGUUAAUCUUUUGUCUGAUAUUGCUUUCAUAUUAAAAUGUUUAACUGAAAUUCAGAUUGAAACAUCUGAAUUCAAGAUGAUGUCUUUCUUAGUUUUUGAUAGACUUCAUUUUUUUAUAAAGGAUUUCUACAUAACGUGUGCAUUUUGACUUGUGUUCUCUAGGGAAUGUGCUUGGUUGUGCUAUUCUGUAAGCCUGCAGAUGUAUGCUACAGAAAACCUGUUCCUGGUAACUAUGCAGCAGUCCUCUUGUACCUGAACUCCGACAAAGCUUGAUUCUGAUGGCACUGUUUUUGUCCUUGUAAAUUUAUGUAUAUAUGCUUUCAUACUGUUACUAUGUCUUCUGCAGAGUGCUUGCAGCCCCCAGCUCUCUUUCACAACCUAAGCCUUUCCUUGGGUCCAAGAACAUGUCAAUAGCAGCUUCCACUAUUUCAUCUGCUCUCUCAUCUCAGUCUAGUUUCAACCGGCAUUCUUCCACCUCCAUCAGCUACCAGUCGAAGAGAAACACAAGCCAGUCAUAUACACCAGUGCCAGCUUCUGCAAGCUAUGGUGAAAGUCCUGCUGCUUCAAAACCAAGAGUUGUCACUACUGCUAGCAUAAAGCCCUCUGUCUACCAGCCAGCACCUGCACCAGUUCAUUCCUACACCCCUGCCAACACUGAGCCAGCAAGCCGUCCUCCCUGGGUAACAGACGAAUCAUUUUCUCAGAAGUUUGCACCUGGAAAAACCACCACCACUGUCACAAAGAACAUCCUUCCCAGGGGUGCUCCGGUCCCACCUCCUGCCUCUACUUCUGCUUACCCGUCUCCAGUUUCAGCUUCUCCCCUGGCUCCUGCAAUAGCCCGAGGAACAAUUCAGAGGGCCGAGCGUUUUCCAGCCAGCAACCGAACUCCUCUCUGUGGGCACUGUAACAGCAUAAUUCGGGGUCCUUUCCUAGUAGCCAUGGGUCGCUCCUGGCACCCAGAAGAAUUCAACUGUGCUUACUGCAAGACAUCCUUGGCUGACAUGUGCUUUGUGGAAGAGCAGAAUAGUGUCUACUGUGAGCGCUGUUAUGAGCAGUUCUUUGCACCAACCUGCUCAAGAUGCCACACUAAGAUCAUGGGGGAAGUGAUGCAUGCCCUAAGACAGACUUGGCACACAAGUUGCUUUGUUUGUGCUGCUUGUAAGAAGCCAUUUGGGAAUAGCCUCUUCCAUAUGGAAGAUGGAGAACCUUACUGUGAGAAAGAUUAUAUUGCUUUGUUCAGCACAAAAUGCCAUGGCUGUGAUUUCCCUGUUGAAGCUGGAGACAAAUUCAUUGAAGCCCUUGGACAUACUUGGCAUGACACCUGCUUCAUCUGUGCUGUAUGCCACGUGAAUUUGGAAGGCCAACCGUUCUACUCCAAGAAGGAUAAGCCAUUGUGCAAGAAGCACGCCCAUGCCAUCAAUGUUUAAAAAAUGAGCUGGAAGUCAGUAAUGCUGGGGAAACCUGAUGACUAAAUAAGCGAUUAUAAAGUUGAUAACCAUGGCUAGCAUUUGUCUUGGUAAAAGCUAUAAAGUUGAUAUUUCUAAAGUUUCGUUUUAACCUCGUUUCUUAUAAGCAGAACAUGCUUUUGCGUGGUUCACACAAAAAGAAUAAUCAAAACCAAAUUAAAAACUCCAUUUAAAAACAGAUUAUUAGUGAAGCAGUUUGGAGAAAUAUUGAUUAAAACCUGUGAUUGAAAAUGUAAUGUAUAAAUAACAUUUAAACUGCCCGCUGCAGUUUUACUGCUUAGACCACACACUAGUGUUUAAGAAUAACAGGAAAAGUCCUGUUAUUGUAAUUGUAAUAACUCGCUCUCCUAUAAUAGCUCAUUUUCUUUCAUAAAAAGAAUGAGUAAGUGCUAUACGAACAAUAAUCAGUAGAACCAAAGGGCACAGCUUUCAAAGGGAAAUAAAUAGGUUAGGGUUUCCUCUGUGAAAAGUGUGUGCUAUUCCUUUAUGUUGUGGUGCUACCUCAUAGCAUCAAAUAUUUUAGAUUCUUUCCAAAGAAGUUGUUUGCCUUGAAUCCAUGUGUAGCUGGGAAGUUUAGGAGACAAUGAGUAGCUUAGUUUGAGAAUGGACUGGAAAUGGAAUUAACUCCUUCCACACCCAGUAAGUUAGAGGAAAGCAUGUUGGGUCGACUUCGCUAGUGAAUUUGGCUUAUACAUGAGCAGUAGAUACCUCACUUUCAAAUCUUAAUGGAAAAGACUAACUGUCUUUGUCUGGCCUGCUCUUAAAUAGAAUGGAAUCAGGCUGGCUGGAAAGGAACUGCGGUCAUUAAUUCAAAACCAGUUUGCCUUUCCUCUUGUGGAAAAACAAAUAUUGAAUGUUACUUUGGUUUGUAAUGUCCAUUGAUAUAAGUGGGAGGUAGGAACCCAUUUCUGGCUAUUUAACACUGAUUAACGAUGAAGACGCAUUUCUACGUAGUACAGAUUGAGAGUGGGAGAUACCUUGCAGAAGUAGCCAAAUCUAUCCCACGUACACAGAAAAAAGGCACCUUUAUUACUCCUGUAGAACAUAAUCCAUCAGUGUUUUAUCAGCGUAAAUGAAUACUGAUAAAAAUUCAUUGGGCAGCAAAACCCCACAGACAGAUGCUUGUUAUUAUUUUCCUUAGUUUAAAUAUAACACAUUCUAAACUGUAGCACUUGCCAUUGUAAGACAGUAGGCCCUGGCAUUUAAUCAUAGUCCUAUUUUAAAAUAUUUCAUCAAAAACUUCAAAGUUGCUCAAACGUUUAUAGAACUGUUCUUUGUGUUUGGUUGGGUUGGUUUCUUGAAAGCAAUACUCGUAGUUCUAGCAACAAUGUUGAAUUCCUAAUUUUAAAUACCUAUUUGUAUUGGAGGCAGCAGUUGUGUUGAAUAGAAAAUGGAGUUAAAGUGGAAAGUUGAAUCACUAUUCAAGUUCUAUUAAUUUGCUUCAGUGGAAAUUAUGGUUGUGUAUCAACGGCUUGCAGUACUGAGAGUAUUUAAUUAGUAUUGCUGAGGGUGAGAAUGAGUUCUGUGAGCCACAUUCUGGUGCUAUCUGCACACUGCUGUACUUUGUGUUUUGAGUAACCAGGAAUGACUUGGCGUUGUCUGUCUUUUCCCUCCUGUUGGUAAUGCCAGUUCUAAGAAAGUAGGUGUGUCUCUUUAGUGAUGAAAUGUUAUCCAAAGCUGUGGGGAGAAGUAGGAGGAGGAGGAGGAAAGAAAAGAAACGGGGGGUUAUAAUAUGUGAAUUAAAUUAGCUGCAGGCAGUCCUCAAUCUUGGAAGAAAAUAACAACCUAACUGCCUGUGGCAGUUCUGACAUGUAUGACCUGUGUUUAUUCAGCAGGUAUCUGAUCUGAGUGCUUACAGGGUCAGAUUUUGAAUGCAUUAGUUAUUCUGUAAUGCUACUACAUUAUAUGCAAAGCCUUUUUCUUUUCUUUUCUUUUCUUUUUUUUUUUUCUUUUUUUUUCCUAUAGGAAACAAAUUUUCUGUUUUCAGUCAGUGCUGGGCUGAAGUAAAUCUGGUUCCAUUAAUUACACAACCCAGGUAUUUGGCUCAUAAUAUUCUCCAGAGGAAUAAAUUAUAAUCAUGGAAGUUAAAUACAUUUUUACCCAUGUUUGACUUCAUUAAAUACCUUUUUAUAGCAGUGAGACAAUUCUAUAUUUCCUUUUAAUUUGGGAAUGCAUUGAAGGUGCUCCUUGGGCAGACUUCCAUGUUACCCACUGCCUGGGACUGGUCUCUUACUGUCAACAUCAAACUCUUGAAAUGGGGAGUCUGGUUCCUUGGCACGACACAAAGUCAGAGCAUAUUGACACCUCAGGAGAAUGUCAUGAGCUAAUCCAUGUGUGUAUGUGUGUCUCUCUCUCCCUCUCCACCUUCUCUGUCCCUAUAAGCUCCCUCUUUGCUGGUACUGUGAAGGAUACAGCAUUUUAGGAAAUGGUCAGAGAGGAACGGCUGCAGCUUAAGCAGGGGUGUGCAGUGCGUACAGAGCUGGGGCUGCUUCUUUCUUCUCUGUAUUCACAAGGGACCCCCAGUCUUUGCAGUUGGGACUUCCCAUCAGGAACUCAGGUGGACAAGUAUAGGAUGCAGGAGGACUUCCAUCAGGGGUCUCAGUGUGGGCAGGAGGAGGUUUGGAUCAAAAAGGGCAGAGCGCCUGCAGCAGACAGGAUGUGUGGGGCUUGAGGGCCUCUGGUAUUGUGUAGAAGGGUGAAGCACUGAGGAGGCAGAGGAAGCCAGGGCUGGAGGAAGGGGAAGAGCUAGGUAAGGCCAGUUGCACUAAGUUGAUAUAUUAGAUACUUGGGUUGGGGCAGAGGGGGGAAGGGGGAAUAGCCAGCAUGACUUGCUAUGGUUGAGGAAAGGGCUUGGUGCAAGAAGUUGGGGUACAAAGAGCUCACGAUAGUCCCAAGAUACAGUAUGAAUGUAUAAAGAUGGAGUGAGCAAGGAAGAUCCAGGAUCCUAUCUAGCACAAGUCAGCACUGCAGAAGGGUGAAUGCAGUGUAUGUCGGGUGUAGCUGAGCUAGCUUGUGCAGUGGUGACUGUGAUAACGCAGCAGUAGAGAUUUCAGUGGGAGCUGUGCUAACUUGAUGGGGUCCUGAAAAUUUCCUUGGACAGGUAACCUGCACUGUAACACGUGCCCUGACUCCAGCUGGUGUCUGAGCAAGUGAGAUUAAAACUUGUUUACAUAUCAGUUUAUGAGGUACAGUGAUAUCUCUGAGUGAAGAACAGAGAUACCCUGAGGAUUAACAUGUAAUAAAUUUCCUGUUUUGACUUGUGCUGCUUCAUAAUAUGGUCCAAAAAUAGAGAAUCCACUUAUCUGCCCUUACAUAAUUUUUGCACAUAUCUGAACCAGAAAUUUGUGAGUAGUAAUGUAUAAUUUUGACUUUCACAGGGAUAGAAUCCCAUGUAACUGCUGAUGCUCUCCUGCCACGUCGCCUUUCUGACGUGGAGGAAAAGAUUCAUAGUUAUAUAAUUCAGAACAGGGCCCUUCAACUAUCACCAAACAUAAAUGAUAUACAAAAAUAGUGUUUGCAGGAUGAAUGAUGUGCACUUGUUUAUGUUUUAUGUCUUGAAACAGAUGCCUGGGAUAAAUCCUAAGUUCCUCUAAAUAUUUGUAUUAAUUAACAUGGGACUUUACAUAAUAAAAGGAAGAUCCUGUACCUCUGAAUGACCAAAUGAGAAUACCGGUAUUUUAUCUAAUAAGGUGUUCAGCAUCUUUUCAGUCAAAGCCUCCCAAAAUGACCUUAAUGCUUUUUCUCUUUUUCUGCUCUUUUUGCUUAAGAGAUUAAAGAUUACCAAAGAAGGCUUUGCUUUUAUUAUCUGAAUAGAAAACCACUGAUCUGACUUAUUUAUGCUAAGUUAAUCUGUAAUGUACUGGAUUCACACAUUGCCAUUUUAAACAAGGAGAAACAUUUUACUUUGGUCCUUCAGUGGUCAGAGCUUUGGGUGAAAGAUUUUCUUAAAGACAUAUUUAUGUUUAAUAAUGUGAACAUCCACAGCACCGAACGCACCCAUCAGUGUCUAAUGCUGGGCAUGCUAAUGUUUGUUUGUAGUACUUGUCUCCAGGUAGCAGGUAUGAAUUUGUUUAGUAUUUACAAACAUCAGAAUUUGAAACUGAGUGAUUUCUUGUCUGCAGUGAUCAUAGGAGUCUAGGUUUUAUAAUAUAUUUACAUGUUGACUUGAUGCCACAAGUGCCCUUGCUUUUAGAUACAUAUUUUUCUGUGCAGCAUGGUUUAUGAGGUGUGAGUAACUGUACCUUGCAUGGAUUACCUGUGCCAACAUGGAUAAAACAGUCUAGUAAUAAAAUGAAUGUACAAAUACAUUUAAAGCUUUACGAUUUGGACACAUUUGUUAAUAUGGUGUGUGAACAGCUGACAGCGUACACAAGCUUGUAUUCUCUACUUCAAACCUGAAAAUAAAAUGGAAAGCAUUGGUUUCAGCCUCA